AUGAAUUCCUUGUAUACGCUCGGGCUCAGGCAGACUGCUUCUAUUAAUGGCGACUUGGAAAAGCUACGCUCUGGGGAUGCUUCUCCAGAUUACAAGAUAUCUACCUCUUUGGCAGGCUUCAACAGAACAAUUGAUGACUAUGAGACAAUGGCCAAAAAGGAGAUGAUCAAGGCGAAGCAAGAGAAAGCAUUCAUGCGGGUAUCCAAGUUUCGCGCUGAUGCUACAGAAUUACGUGCGGAGUUUGACCGAGUGAAGAAUCAGGUUGCCAACGCGAAAGCAAAAGCCAACAGGGACGAUCUCUUGGGUGAUGCGAACCAAGCUGGUUCAUCUAUACCACGGCAACGGUUCAACACUAACAAUCCAUCAAACACGGGAGAACACUCUGAAAAUCCCUUUGCUGCAUCAGCACAGCCAACAUACAACCUGCGAGAAGAUCACGCUCUGCGAGAACACUCGUUUAUUGAUUCGACGGAGAAUCAGCUAGAUGCAUUCAUCGCACAGGGCCGUGAAGUUUUGGACAACUUGGUGGAUCAGCGGAACAUGCUCAAGGGAACCCAACGUAGGCUUUUGGACGCCGCCAACACCUUGGGAUUGAGUAGGGAUGUAAUAGGCUGGAUUGAGAAGCGAACGAUGACCAAACUGCCUCCAGGCUUUACUCAUGAAAUAAAGCAUCAUCUAACACAUGACCCUCCGUACGACGCGCGAACGCAAGUUCCUUUCGUCGACCUUGACAACUAUUGCUGUGGUGCACAUGGGUUAUCAAUCUUGAUUACAACCGAAGCAGGGAACGGGAUUCACCGAGUGCUCUUCGACACCGGCCCUGAACCCAAAAGUAUCACGAGGAAUCUCGCGGCCUUGCAAACCCCAACAGAGUCGAUAGAACGUAUCGUACUCUCCCACUGGCAUCGUGAUCAUUCGGGUGGUAUUGUUGCGGCUCUUGAGCAAAUUGCCCUCGCUCGGGCGAAGAAGCAAGAUGGAUCAGGCGAUUCAAGCACAGAUUCUCCGCCCGUUGUUGAUCUCCAUCCAGACCGACCCAUUGCUCGAGGCAUUGCACCACCACCUACCGGAAAGGUUAUUUGUCGGCUUCCCGAGGACCCAACACAUUCUGAUGUUCUUGCUGCCGGGGGAGUGGUAGAGACUCAUUUGGAAGGGCAUCUAGUCGCGGGGAAUAGUGUAUGGGUCAGUGGUGAGAUUCCACGGGUAACAAGCUUCGAAACUGGCCUGCUCGGUGGUGUCCGAUGGCGUGAAUUCCAUUCUACAGCCUCCGACGAGACUCGGGGUGAAUGGGUGCCGGAAGAAGAUAUCAUGGACGAGAGAUACGUUGCCAUUGAUGUACUUGGGAAAGGACUGGUGAUCCUGAGCGCCUGUUCACAUGCAGGUAUAUGCAACGUGAUACAUGCCGCGACCACUGCAUUUCCAGAGCGGCCUAUACACGCGAUUGUUGGUGGUUUCCAUUUAGCCGGACCCGAGCUUCAAGACCGUGUGGGCCCGACAGUCGACUUCAUCUCUGAACGACUUAUUCCGACUCCCUCGUAUGUUUUACCAAUGCAUUGCACCGGGUUUAAUGCGAAGGUCGCCCUGGCUCAAGCGCUCGGUGAUGCCUGCGUACCCGCCGGCUCGGGAAUAAGCGUUGAGUUCAAAGGUAUCGACUCACAGGCAGACGAACGUUUGAUGGGGGCACGCAUACACGAUUGA